UAAGGCAUCAUUCUCAUUUGAGCAUUCCCAUAGUUAACAACACACACACACACACAGGACAUUCCGCUAACAAAACUAGACAACAUGUUUGUAGAACCACACAACAACACGAAGAAGAGCAACAAAAUGGAAAUCACCCCCAAGAAAUUUGCCAUGACCUACAGCAUCAAGAAGCUAAUGAAGCAACUCUUCAAGCAGCAGCAACAACGACACAACAAAACUCUGCCACAACUAAGUCAACUCAAAAAAUCCGAAUCCUUUUUUGAGGCCCUUGAAUCUUUGGAGAAUCAGAGCAAUGCCAAAAUGGAAUCGAGCUCCCUGGAAAUCGAGGAGAAUAACCUAAAUGAACGUCUGGCGGCCAAGCAAAAAUCCUAUGAAUUGGAAGAUUAUGAUUUGAGUGAAAUCAGCAUUGCGGUUCCUGUCCACUUUGCCCGCACCACCCAGGGUACAUUCUUUUGGACCAGCAGCUCAGAUAUACCGGUCGAUAAUGAUCUCGCCCAGCCCAUGAGCUGUGCAACCAACAAUCAAUUGCCGAGCAGAAUGUAGGAUCUUCGAAUCAGCACGACCAUCCCGUCUUCCUGCAAAUUGUGUUAUCAAUACCUUACUCCUGCCUUCAAACACUCACAGUUCCUGCUUCCUGUCUUCCACGAAGCCUGUUAUCUGUGUCCCAAGCCGACC